AACUGUUGCGCUUUCUAUUGAUAAGAAAAGGGUUUCCACGUGUGUCUUGCCACGUCAAACUGACGGAUCUCAGAGGAGGAUCCCGGGUAGUGAGGGGAGGGCGGUGCUCUCAAGAUGUAGCUUGUCUUCUGUCCUCCUGAAGUGAGAGGGAAGUGUUGAAGGAUAAGCAGCUUCUAUAAAGAUCCGACCAAGGAGUGACCAUGGAUAUGAGCAAACUGGCUGCGAGACUCGCUGAAGCCGGGCAGUCUCACAUCCUCCAGUUUUGGGAUCAGCUUAGCCCCAAGGAACAAGCUGAGAUGAGUCUGGAUCUGACGAGCAUGAACUUCAUGGAGAUCAAUACGUUUUUCAAAAAUGCCAUGAAGACUUCUGGUCAGUGUUCGCAGGAGAAGGUGGACAGCAGGAUGGAGCCAGUGCCCCGAGAGGUUUUGGGGAGUGUAACGCGUGAUCACGAGUCUCUCAAAGAAUGGGAAGAAGAAGGCCUGCGCUGUAUAUCUGAGAACAAAGUGGCGGUUCUUCUGUUGGCUGGAGGUCAGGGGACACGGUUGGGUGUACCAUACCCAAAAGGCAUGUACGAUGUGGGCCUUCCCUCCCACAAAACCCUUUUUCAGAUACAGGCAGAACGCAUCCGAAGACUGGAGCAGCUAGCCGAAAACCAGCACAGUCGGAAGUGCUGCAUUCCAUGGUACAUAAUGACAAGUGGCAGAACAAUGGACAUGACCAAAGAGUUUUUCUUACAACACAAAUACUUUGGCCUGAAGGAGAGCAAUGUGUUAUUCUUUCAGCAAGGCAUGCUUCCUGCUGUGGACUUUAAUGGGAAGAUUAUUCUAGAAGGCAAAGGCAAACUGGCCAUGGCACCAGAUGGAAAUGGGGGCCUGUACAGAGCUCUGGGAACACAGAACAUUGUGAAGAACAUGGAGAAGAGAGGAGUCUCGCACAUUCACGUCUACUGUGUGGACAACAUCCUUGUGAAAGUGGCUGACCCUGCUUUCAUUGGCUUCUGUUCACUUAAAGGAGCAGACUGUGGUGCAAAGGUUGUGGAAAAAAUGAAUCCAACAGAAGCGGUGGGCGUGGUCUGUAAGGUGGAUGGGCGUUAUCAAGUAGUGGAGUACAGUGAGAUUACCUUGGCAACAGCGGAGAAGCGGAGCACCGAUGGUCGACUCAUGUUUAAUGCUGGCAACAUAGCUAAUCACUUCUUCACCCUCGCAUUCCUCAAAGAGAUUGUGAGCAUUCACGAGCCGCAGUUGCAGCACCAUGUGGCACAGAAGAAAAUCCCCUAUGUGAACACACAAGGACAACUAAUCAAACCUGGCAAACCUAAUGGGAUUAAGAUGGAAAAAUUUGUCUUCGACAUAUUCCAGUUUGCCAAAACAUUUGUGGUAUAUGAAGUUCUGAGAGAAGACGAGUUUUCUCCAUUAAAGAAUGCAGACAGUCAGGAUGGCAAGGACAACCCCACUACAGCCCGUUAUGCCCUCAUGUCCCUGCAUCACCGCUGGGUCUUAAAUGCUGGUGGAAAUUUCGUUGAUGAGAAUGGAACACGAAUACCUGCUAUACCCAGACAUGGACCAGCAGGGACAGUCACUCCUGAAGUCAGCCAGAACUUGAAGGAUGGAACCGACCUGCCAAUCAAAUGUGAGAUCUCCCCUCUUGUGUCAUAUGGAGGUGAGGGGUUAGAGCAUCUGGUGAACGGGCAAGCAUUCCAGCCCACCCUGGUCAUCAAUGAGAGUGGCGUCCACGAGCUCGUGAAGAACGGGCUGUGAGCCAAAAUCCUGCUGCUGCACUUGAAAACCAAAAUGAAAUCUCUGUAUCUCCUUCUCACUUCCUGCCAUGGUGAAGGAACUGUGAAAUUCGUGUGCAAUAAAAUGAAGGAAGGGGCCACACGGCCAAUCAUAAUCAUACAAUUUCAUGAUCAAACUAUUUAUUUCAGUGCACAGUGCUUUUUUUUUUUUUCAUAAAAUUGGAAUGUAUGAAUUUUAGCCAUUUAAUUUAUAGAGAUGUACGCAUACAUGAACAUAUUAUCAAAUGAUACAAAGUCGUAUAUGAGUUUUUUAAAAAUACUUCAAUGCUGUUCAAGUUGCAUGAAUGGACACUGCUGAGAUUUUAGGCAUUUCUGCUUAAUGUUUUUCCAUUCUCUUAAAGUGCAGAUAAAUGCAAAAACUAUGGUGAUGCAAAGUUUGGUCUUCUCCAAUGUAUGUCUGUCUAUGAAAGAAAUGAUUUUUUACCAGAUUGUGAGUGAGAAAGGGAUAUUCAAUCAGACUUUCCAGCACCUGUUUUAUGAGGAAGCAUAUGACUGGUUAAAGUCUCUGUUGCUACUACUUGCUAAAACUAUUCAUAAAGUGCAGAAAGCAGUUUGAGACUCCCUGUCUUGCUCUUCUCUUUCUUGCACUCCUCUGAUGUUACUUGGAAUCUCUAACACUUCUCUUUUCCAAUUAAACUUCUUCCACCAUCUUUGUCAAA